CUCUCUCUCUCUCUCUCUCUCUUCCUCAGUUACGCAGUCUUUCACGCCGAGAACUCCCCCAAUUCUCUCUCUCUCUCUCUCUCUCUCUCUCUCUCUCUCUAUAUAUAUAUAUAUAUAUAUAUUUGUAAAUUUCUGACGGUUGCUCCGUGAUUCACCGUUUUCAUACGUAUAAAACUCCGAUGGAAUCACUUUCAUCGGUUUCGCGCCCUUCCAUUGUACUUCCGCCGAGUAAUCACGUCCGCCAACACCACCACCACCACCAUCGACGGCGGCAGAUCUCCGCCGCAGCUCACCACCCUAUGCACCACCACCGUCUUUCUUCUCUCUCAUCUUUCCUUACCAUUCCCUGCUCCCCUGAACCUUGUGGGAGGAGGAUCGUAGAGAUCUCCUGCAAGUCCACCUCUGGAGGACCGGGAAGGGGUGAAGACGAACAUGAUGAUGAUGAUGAGGUGGAGAGGGCGCUUCGGUUGGACGGAACGAUUCCGGGGACUUCUAAUGAGUUCGUCGAACGAGUCUCGUCCCGCGCUUAUGAUAUGCGUAGACACCUCCAACAAACAUUUGAUAGCAGCAGCUACGAUGUGUUAGAGAGCAACCCAUGGAGAGAAACUUCAAAACCUGUAUACGUACUAACCCACAAGGAAAAUCAGUUAUGCACAAUGAAAACUCGAAGAUAUCGCAGUGAAGUCGAAAGAGAGCUUGGAUUGUUGUUUUCCAAAGGAGGAAAGUGGAGAUCUGGAAUUGGAAAUCAGGCCAAGCAGUCGAGGACUGGCACAAAGUUUCAGAUGCUUGUUGAGGAUGUCAGAGAGGGAGUGCUCGUGUUUGAAGACCAGAACGAAGCUGCAAAAUAUUGUGACUUGCUGGAGGGAGGUGGUCAAGGUUGUGAAGGUGUUGCAGAGAUAGAAGCGUCUUCAGUAUUUGAUCUUUGCCGGAUGAUGAGGGCUCUUGCAGUUCUGUUUCGUAGAGGGAGGACGCCGCCUCUGCCUGAAAGCCUCAAGCUUAACUUGAAGGCUCGAAAGCGAUCCCUUGAGGACCAAGAGGACAUAGUGUGAAAAGUUGCUCUGCAUGGGUGGUAUAGAUUUUAUGGUAAAUGUGUUAUCAAAUCCAUUUGUUUAAAUAUAUAUAUUUUUUUGUUAUGUGGCACUAUAAUAUUUUAGAAUAAUCAAGCAAUUUGGGGGCACAUUUGUGGAGGUCUUGUACUUGGACUCCAUUAGCACAAGUUUAUGACCACAUAAGAUGCCUGGAAUCAAGACUGGGUUGGGAGGUCAUGCAAAAGAAAAAGUUGGCAGGACCCCUCCCUUUGGUUGGUUGUGUAACCCAUCACUAUUGGAUAACGAGAAUGGGAGUUUUUAUUUACAUGACACUUUUACCUCACUA